GCUUUUGUACAUCGUAUCUAAUCUUUGGCAUCUGCGUUGUGCGCAUGCUCCGAAGACGUUUAUUUAUUUUACAUAAACGUUAUGGAUACAUACGCAAUAUAUGAGUUACAGUUCAUCCAACGUACAUCGAUAGAAAGCCAUCUUCCGUAGGUGGCGGAAGUACUCCUAACAGCCAUCGCACAAAACGAAGAAGAAGAAAUACAGCCGACGAAGAAGAAGAUCAGCUGACUGACUGAACAUAGCUCAAAAUGAGGUUCCGAUUUUGUGGAGAUCUGGACUGUCCGGACUGGGUCCUUGCAGAAAUGAGCACCUUGGCUAGAAUAUCGAGCGUGAAGAUGAAGCUUCUGUGCGUGCAAGUCAUCAGAGAUCUGCUUGAUGAAGGCAUCGAUUAUGACAAAGUUUCAAAACUAACCUCAGAUGCAAAGUUUGAAAGUGGCGACAUUAAAGCCAGUAUAGCGGUGCUGAGUUUCAUUCUGUCCAGCGCUGCCAAGCAUGACGUGGACAGCGAGUCUCUCUCCAGUGAACUCCAGCAGCUUGGCUUGCCUAAAGAGCACACCACCGGCUUGUGUAAAUCCUACGAGGAUAAACACAUCGCUCUGCAGGAAAAGCUGAGGGAGAGCAGCCUGCGCCUGGGUCGCCUGGAAGCGGUGAACUGGCGGGUCGAUUACACCCUGAGCUCCAGCGAACUGAAGCAAGUGAAUGAACCCACAGUCCAGCUCAGACUUCAGGCUCAGGACCCCGAGACGGACUCCACACAGACCACCACCGUCUCCGUCACCGCCGACAAGUUCAGAGUACUGCUAACAGAACUCAAACAAGCACAGACUAUGAUGAAUGCACUACAGUGAAGCAGUCGCCGUUCCUCGAAAAAUAUUGCUGAAAUGUGCACAGUGUAUUAAAAAAAUGUUUUUCUAAAGUAAUGUGCUUUGUAUAGCUUUUCACAUCCCGAUUAGUUAAAUGUUGCUCAAAUUGAGCACCAACUUCAAAAAAUGUAUUAAUCAGAUUGAUCAUUUUUAUUGUUUCUGGACCAAAUGUAACUAGGAAACUUCAUUUGUCAGCUGUUGAUCAGUGCUAACCAGAGUCAGCAGUGAUUUAUCUCACCUCAUGUAUUGGUUUAUGUUAUGUUUAUUUCUGUUAAUGGUCUGUUUCUUUUUCAUAAAAAAAGUAAAGAAUAAAGACUACACUAACUGUUAA